AUGCCUGGCCAAAUUCUACUUCAAGCAAACCCUCCCGCGGAUCCAUCUCUGCUCCCCGAUUCUGUGCUCGAGCUUGGUGUCCAACUCGGCGUAAAGGAUUAUCUUCCUCCCGAUGAACUUAAGUCUCUCAAGAUGUUUCGUCGCGCUGCCGACUACAUCGCAGCAGCCAUGAUAUUCCUAAAUCACAACGUCCUCAUCGAGCGGGAAAUCGUUCCGGACGACAUAAAGCCGCGUUUGCUUGGGCACUGGGGUACCUGCCCAGGCUUGGUCAUGGUCUACACCCAUGUCAACAGACUGAUUCGGAAAACUGGAAUCGAUGCGCUUUAUGUCGUUGGGCCUGGUCAUGGCGCUCCCGCAAUCCUGUCCUGUCUGUGGCUUGAAGACUCUCUCAGUGCAUUCUAUCCCGAACAUACCCGCGAUUACAAGGGACUGCAAAAACUCGUCGCCGGUUUCUCAGUGCCAGGCGGUUUCCCCAGCCACAUCAACGCCGGAACUCCCGGAGCUAUCCACGAAGGAGGAGAGCUAGGUUAUGCUCUCAGCGUCGCGUUUGGCGCCGUAAUGGAUAACCCAGACUUAGUUGUUGCCUGUGUUGUUGGCGACGGUGAGGCGGAGACCGGUCCCACUGCGACGGCUUGGCAUGGCUUUAAAUAUAUCGACCCCGCUGAAUCUGGCGCCGUUCUCCCCAUUAUCAGUGUCAAUGGCUUCAAGAUUUCAGAGCGUACGAUCUAUGGAACGAUGGACGACAAGGAGAUGACUGCUUUGUUCACGGGCUACGGCUACCAAGUUCGCAUCAUCCAGAACGUCGAGGAUCUUGACAACGAUCUUGCUGCAUCAUUUGACUGGGCUCUCGCUGAAAUAAAAAAGAUACAGUCGGCUGCCCGUAACGGCAAUCCAAUCGUAAAACCUCGAUGGCCCGUGCUUAUUCUGCGGACACCCAAAGGUCUGGGGGGACCGAAAACCUUCCAUGGCGAAUUCAUCGAAGGCUCCUUCCGUUCACAUCAAGUCCCUCUUCCAGGCGCUAAGACUUCGCCUGAAGAGCUCGCUGCUCUAAACGAGUGGCUCAAGUCCUAUCAUCCAGAGGAGUUGUUCAAUUCCGAUGGCGUUCCAGUCCCAGAGGUUCUCUCCCUUGUCCCUGAGUCUGCCGAAAAGCGACUGGGUCAACGGAAAGAAAGCUUCCGUGCUUAUCAACCCAUCGUCGUCCCCGAUUGGCAGAAGUUGGGUGCUGAGAAGGCGUCUCAGGAUAGCUGUAUGAAGGCGAUUGGUCGCCUUCUUCGUGGCGUUGUCGCAGAAAACCCCAAGCAAUUCCGAAUUUUUUCGCCGGACGAGCUCGUUUCCAAUAAACUCGACGCCGUUCUAGACGAGAGCUCGCGGAACUUCCAAUGGGAUAUUGAAUCGCGAGCUCAAGGUGGUCGCGUCAUCGAGAUACUCUCCGAACACACCUGUCAAGGCAUGCUCCAGGGCUAUACGCUCACUGGGCGCACCGGUCUUCUCCCAAGUUAUGAAGCCUUCCUAGGCAUCAUCCAGACAAUGAUGGUGCAAUACAGCAAAUUUACGAAGAUGUCUUCUGAAAUUCAAUGGAGACAACCAGUUGGCUCACUCAACUACGUGGAAACGUCGACUUGGACGAGGCAAGAACACAACGGCUUUUCGCAUCAAAAUCCCGCAUUCAUUGGCGCCGUCCUAAAUCUCAAGCCCGCUCAAGCCCGCGUAUACCUUCCACCGGAUGCCAACUGCGCGCUGUCGACGAUGGCGCAUUGCUUGCGUGCCAAGAACUACGUGAAUUUGAUUGUUGGGAGCAAACAACCAACUGCCGUGUGGCUCUCGCCAGAGGAGGCAGACAAGCAUUGCAUUGCCGGCGCGUCUGUCUGGAAGUUUGCAAGCACUGACGAUGGUGUCGAUCCCGACGUUGUGCUUGUUGGUGUCGGCGUCGAAGUAACCUUUGAAGUGAUCGCAGCAGCAGCUCUUCUCCGCCAGCUGGUUCCUGCUCUCCGUGUUCGGGUUGUUAAUGUCACAGAUCUGAUGAUUCUGUCUGGUCACGGCGCCCACCCCCAUGCGCUCAGCGACGCCGCCUUCGACGCGCUGUUCACGAGAGACAAGCCCAUUCACUUCAACUACCAUGGCUACCCUAUCGAACUCCAAGGUCUACUCUUUGGGCGACCCAAUCUCGACCGUGUCACCAUUGAGGGUUAUCGGGAAGAGGGUACAACAACAUCGCCAUUCGAUAUGAUGCUCGGCAACUGCACCUCUCGUUACGAUGUUGCCGCGGCUGCUAUCCGGGGCGGUGCACUUUCCAAUCCAAAGGUGGCUGUCAAUGCCCACGAGCACGAGUCGUAUGUGAAGCACCUGGCCGUCAAAGAGAAAGACUAUAUUUACGCCAACGGCAAAGAUCGCGAUGACAUGUUCGACGUUCCUACCUUUUAG